AAAAUUUGCGGAUCUCAUUUUUCUUUAUCCUCCAUGCGUCCCGCCAUUUCACUCCGCCAUCCUCCGCCAAUCUCCCGCAAUGCUCCCCUUUUCUCCCUUCCCCCUCUCUCACUUCUCCCUCCCUCCCCUUCCCUCUCCCAAAUCCUCCAAUCCCACGCCCAUCUCGUCUCCCUCGGCCUCUCCUCCAGCCGAUCCGCCAUGUCCCACCUCCUCGCCGCCUGCGCUGUCUCCCCCUCCCCGCCUCCCUCCUACUUCCACUCCAUAUACCUCCAGAUACAGCUUCCCAACGUCUUCGCCUCCAAUAAUCUCCUCCGCUGCCUCUCCAAAGGCGAAAACCCUAAUCAAGCUCUCGCCUUUUACAAAAACAUGAGAAUCUCCGGCGUGCCGACCAACAAAUUUACCUUCCCUGUUCUCCUCCACGCCUGCACCAGAGAUCCAUCUCUUCCGCAAGGAACCCAGGUCCAUGCCCAUGCGUUUAAGUUUGGUUUUUGUGAAGAUUUGUAUGUCCGAAAUGCGUUGAUAAGCUUAUACAGCGCUUGCAGAUCAUUCGGCAAAUCAAGGCAGGUCUUUGAUGAGCUCCCCGAAUGCAGAGAUUUGGUUUCCUGGAACGCCAUGUUGGCUGGACAUGUGAGGAACGGGCAAAUUGAUGUUGCGGAGAACAUGUUCGAUGAAAUGCCUGAACGGGAUGUGAUUACUUGGAGCACCAUGAUUAUGGGCUAUGUUCAAAAUGGGGUUUUGGAGAAAGGUCUUGAUUUGUUCGGCCAAAUGGUCCGGAGUGGUCGGGUUUUUGUAAAUGAGGCUACUUUGGUCACCGUUCUCUCCGCCUCGGCGCAACUGGGCUUGCUCGAGCAUGGAACUUUCAUCCACUCGAUUAUAAAGAAUGUGAAUUUUCCCCUUACAAUGGCCUUAGGGACAGCACUCGUGGACAUGUAUGCGAAGUGCGGUUGCAUCGAUCUGGCCCAAAAUGUGUUUUAUCAUAUGCCUAAAAGAGAUGUGUUUGCUUGGAAUGCCAUGAUUUGUGGUAUUGCUUCUCACGGACAAGGAAAGGAAGCUCUUGAACUAUUUCAACAAUUCAUCAACGAAGGACUUAAUCCCACAGCCGUGACUUUUGUUGGCAUCCUCAAUGCUUGUAGCCGAGCUGGUUUGGUUGACGAAGGUCGACGGUUUUUCAACUCGAUGGCUAACGAAUAUGGCAUUGAGCCAGAGAUGGAGCAUUAUGGUUGCAUGGUUGAUCUAUUCGGUCGAGCCGGUCUUAUUCCAGAAGCUCUUGAAUUGAUUCAAGGUAUGAGCGUCAAACCAGACUGCGUGUUAUGGGCGACUCUUUUAGGGGCUUGUAAAAUGCAUGGAUUUGUUGAAUUAGGAAUCAUUAUAGGGAAAAAUUUGAUUAAAUUAGAACCCGGACAUGAUGGGCACUAUGUUCUUUUGGCCGCCUUGUAUGCCAAGGCGAGGAAAUGGGAAGAUGUUACUGAGGUUAGGAGGUUGAUGUCGAGUCGUGGGACGAGUAAAGUAGCGGGUUGGAGCUUAAUUGAGGCUAAUGGGGAGCUUCAUAAGUUUAUUGCAGGAGAUUUGGAUCACAAAGAGUCUUCUAAGAUCUACAAAAUGAUUGAAAUUAUUGGGAAGAAGUUGGCGGAGGCAGGUUAUUUACCAGAUGUCUCGUCGGUCUUACAUGAUAUCGAGGAUGAGGAGAAGAUUUAUGUAAUAAAUGUGCAUAGUGAGAGAUUAGCAAUUGCAUAUGGGUUGAUGGUGGUCGAGCAGGGCCGUCCGAUUCGUAUCGUUAAGAAUCUCAGGGUGUGUGUAGAUUGUCAUGAAUUUAGUAAGAUGGUGUCGAAGGUGUUGGGGAGGGAGAUAAUUGUGAGGGAUGGGAGUAGGUUUCAUCAUUUUAAGGAUGGUUUUUGUUCUUGUGUUGAUUAUUGGUAGCCAAU